AUGCCUUAUCUUCAAGAUGUCGUCGGUGUCACUCCCGAAAGGUCAAGUGCUCAGGGGAGCACCCGUGCCAAAACUGUCGGCACGCUGGCAAAGGCCCCGAGUGUACCUACCCGCGACGCAAUAGGCAAGUCAAGGUCAGGCAAAGGUAACGGAAGGCUUUCGUCAGGAGCGCCACCCCCGAAACUCAAUCUUAUCUACAUUGACGGCAUCUUGGACGAAAUCCGUCGGCUCAAGAGUCAGAAUGCCCAGAGCGCGCCUAGUUCUAUCAGGGACGACGUCAGUCAGAUAACCACCCAGACCAACACCAGCAGCUACAUCGGCAACAAGGUGACUACGCCGUCUUCAGGGCGGGGAGGCAGCGACAAUGAGGAGCCCUCAGAAGCCGCCACACUAGAAGUGAGACCAUGGUUCAUGAACGCCAACGUCUUCCGCACCCCAAUCCUCAUCAGCGAGGUGGCGGACGCGGCCUUCACCACCCGCUUCCGCCAGGUCAUUUCCGACCCCGAAGAGCCCCAGCCAAAGCACAUUCUCAGACUCAACUACGCCCCAGACAAGGAACUGAUGACGCUCGUCAAGUCUGACAUCCCAUGGCCCACGCCCUCCAGGUCUCGGUUUCUCGUAGAAGUCGCCCUCAAGUACGUCAGCAGACGGUACCACGUCGUCCGCCGCAGCUCCAUCAUGGAGAACUUGGAGCAAAGUAUCCACAACCCUUCGUGGGGAGAUUUGAUGCUUCGGUCGAAGCUGUGGGCGCUCUUCGCCAUUGGUGAACUAUACUCGACCCGCUCCAUCCCGUCGGAGAGGGACUUUCCCGGCAUGGCCUACUUUGCGAAAGCUUCUAGGAUACUCGGCCUGCUCGAUGAGCGGCCUGGCACAGACUCCAUCGAGAUUAUGCUCCUCCUUUCCUUCUAUUCUCUAGUGCUCAAUCGCCGGUACAGUGCCUUCGUCAUGUCCGGGACAGCUAUGCGGAUGGCCAUAGUGAUGGGCCUCCAUCUCAAUAUUCCAGAAUCUCAGCUUCGUGACCCCGACCUGCGAGAGCACAGGAAGCGGCUCUUCUGGACGACGUACAUCUUUGAUCGUGUGUGGGCCUCCAAGCUAGGUCAUCCAAGCGCCAUCCAAGAUAACGACAUAGGCGUGGAUCUGCCCUCAGAACCUGUCGUCGGCCAAACCUUUGGCGCCGACUUUGACGAUGCCGCUUACCACAUCGCCAACCUGCGUUUAGCAGCCCUCGUGACAAAGACUGUCCGCUCAAUCUAUGGCCAACGCAAUCAGGGAGAUGCCACUCUGUCAACAAGAGUGCAACAAGCCCUAAAAGACCUCCGGGCUUGGGUCGAGGAUUUGCCCACCCACCUUCAGAUCGAUAACCCAGACUCUGGACCAAAGCCCAUUUCCCUUCACUUGUCCUUCAACCAGGUACCCGCCAGCGCCAUCACCCUCUCCGAGGCCUGCAUCCGCUGCGCCCGCCACUCCAUCCGCCUCCUCACAGACUCCUGGAUCGACGGCUCCUUCGCCACCUUUGACUACUUCUACACCCAGUACCUCUUCUCAGCGCUGACCAUCCUCGCAGCAUCGAGCCUCCUCGACGGCCCCGAGAGCAGGAGCGACAGGGAGGCCUUUGAGGAGUCGGCACGGUUCCUGUCCCAGCUGCGCGACGCCGGCAACUUCGCCGCCCAGGAGUACUGCCACCACGUCGAUGUGAUGAAGGCGGACCUGGACAAGGUGUACGCUAAGAGGAUGGGGCUGGCGCUCGGGGAGCAGCAUACACGCGGGCUGGCGGCCGAAGACGUGUCGUCGCGGUUCACUGGGGUUGGCUCGGCGAUGUCGCAGUUUGGCCCCGCGCCGAUGCUGCCGGCGCACACGACGGCGGGGAUGGCCCUCACGGAGCCGUCUCUUGAGGAGCUCCUGGCUCAGCCGGUGCUGGAUUUGCAGUUUUUGGAGGCCUCGUUCUACGAUGACCAUCAAGGACUGUACUGGCCGGACUUUAGCACAGAGAACUGGAAUGAUUUGGCAUAG